CCACUGCAUUCGGUACCGUUACUUUACAGGCCGUCUGUCCAUCAGAACACCGGAGAACACAUUCCUACGACAGUCCCUGGGAGCUGCUUCGUCGCCGUGAAGGAGGUCAGCAGCAGCAGCAGAUAUGUCGGCACCGAAGCGUCAGGACACCCGGAAGUUCUUCGAGAACUUGUCCGGCGCCGGGAAGUCAAUCGCGGUGCUCACGAGCGGCGGAGAUGCCCAAGGGAUGAACGGGGCGGUCCGAGCCGUGGUCCGCAUGGGAAUCUACGUGGGAGCCAAAGUGUAUUUCAUCCAUGAGGGCUACCAGGGUAUGGUGGAUGGCGGGGACAACAUCAAGGAGGCCACUUGGGAAAGUGUCUCCAGCAUGUUGCAAGUGGGCGGCACGGUCAUCGGCAGCGCUCGCUGUAAAGCGUUUCGGAACCGCGAGGGACGCCUGAAAGCUGCUCACAACCUGGUGGAGAGGAACAUCACCAACCUGUGUGUUAUCGGAGGAGACGGUAGUCUGACCGGAGCCAACCUCUUCAGGGAGGAGUGGAGCGGACUGCUAGAUGAACUCCUGCAGCAAGGUCUGAUCAGCGAGGACGCUGUAAGCACUAAUUCCGCAUUGCACAUCGUGGGCAUGGUGGGAUCCAUCGACAACGACUUCUGCGGCACUGACAUGACCAUUGGGACCGACUCUGCGCUGCACCGCAUCAUCGAGGUGGUGGACGCCAUCAUGACCACGGCUCAGAGCCACCAGAGGACGUUUGUGCUGGAGGUGAUGGGACGCCACUGCGGCUACCUGGCUCUAGUCAGUGCUCUGGCGUGUGGAGCCGACUGGGUGUUCUUUCCAGAAAUGCCUCCUGAAGACGGCUGGGAGGACAACAUGUGUCAGAAACUGUCUGAGAACCGAGCUGACAAGAAAAGACUGAACAUCAUCAUCGUAGCAGAAGGCGCCAUCGACUCCCACAACAAAGCCAUCACGCCCGAUUACAUCAAAGAUCUGGUAGUGCGCAACCUGGGCUUCGACACCAGGGUGACUAUCCUGGGCCAUGUACAGAGAGGCGGGACACCGUCAGCCUUCGACAGGAUCCUGGCCAGUCGCAUGGGCGUGGAGGCGGUGCUGGCCUUGCUGGAGGCGUCUGCUGGAACUCCAGCCUGUGUGGUGUCUCUGGUGGGAAACCAAGCGGUCCGCCUGCCUCUCAUGGAGUGUGUGCAGAUGACGCAGGAAGUGCAGAAGGCCAUGGACGAGAAGAAGUUUGAGGAGGCGGUUAGACUGCGUGGCAGGAGCUUUGAGAACAACUUGAUCACUUACAGACUUCUCUCCUACCGCAAUGCUGACUCAGAGAUUCCAAGCAGCUCCUUCAAUGUGGCAGUUUUGAACGUCGGCGCGCCUGCCGCUGGCAUGAACGCCGCCGUGCGCUCAGCCGUCAGGGUGGGAAUCACCGAAGGGCAUAAAAUGUUCGCAGUGAGCGACGGCUUUGAAGGGUUCUACAAGGGGCAGAUCAAGGAAAUUAAAUGGGGCGACGUCGGAGGCUGGACUGGUCAAGGAGGCUCUCUGCUCGGGACGAAGAGAACUCUUCCUGGCAAACAUUUGGCACAAAUAGCCGAGCAGAUGAGGAUCCACAACAUCAACGCGCUUCUCGUCAUCGGCGGCUUUGAGGCCUACAUGGGAAUACUGGAACUUUCCACAGCGCGGGACAAAUUUGAUGAGCUCUGCGUGCCCAUGGUGAUGGUUCCCGCCACGGUGUCCAACAAUAUACCGGGCUCAGACCUCAGUAUCGGCUCUGACACGGCGCUCAACGCCAUCACGGAUGCCUUCGAGUCGCUGCUGCAGCUGUUUGAGGCUCGGGCCAACUACGAGGAGUUUUGCGUCCCCAUGUGCAUGUUUCCUGCCACAAUAAGUAACAACGUGCCCGGCACUGACCUCAGCAUUGGUGCCGACACCUCCCUCAACGCCAUUGUGGAGACGUGCGAUCGCAUCAAGCAGUCGGCCAGCGGCACCAAGCGCCGGGUCUUCAUCAUCGAGACCAUGGGCGGUUAUUGCGGCUACCUGGCCACCGUGGGGGGGCUGGCGGCGGGUGCUGACACCGUCUACAUCUAUGAGGAACCCUUUGACAUACGCGACCUGCAGGCUAAUGUGGAACAUCUCACCCAUAAGAUGAAGACCACCAUCCAGAGAGGUUUGGUGCUUAGGAAUGAGAGCUGCAAUGAGAAUUUCACCACUGACUUCAUCUACCAGCUGUAUACUGAGGAGGGAAAAGGAGUUUUUGACUGCAGGAAGAACAUUUUAGGCCACAUGCAGCAGGGCGGAGCUCCGUCUCCUUUCGACCGAAACUUUGGCACCAAAGUAGCGGCGAAGGCGGUCCAGUGGAUCACGAAGAGCCUCAAGGACGCGUACAAAGGAGGACGAGUGUUCGCCAACUCUGAGGAGAGCGCAUGUCUGCUGGGGAUGAGACGCCGAGCGCUCGUCUUCCAGCCCGUGUCCAAGCUACGAGACGAGACGGACUUUGUACACAGGAUCCCGAAGGAGCAGUGGUGGCUGAAGCUCCGCCCUCUGAUGAAAAUCCUGGCCAAGUACAAGACGAGCUACGACGUGUCCGACUCGGGUCAGCUGGAACAUGUCAGCCGCUACCGGGCCAAGGACGGCGACGCCUCCUCGGCCAUCUGAGCUCGCCCCACGGUGCCACCCCUAUCGCCCACGCCUGCCGAGGAGGUCCUCUAACGUCACUAAAGUCACGUCUGCUGUCACUUUAAGAAAGUAGCUAGUUAUUCUCACAAAUUCUAAUAUAUAUGAUCUAAAUAUGCACUCCAAAUGAUGUACUGUAUUUAAACAUAGCUUUUAUUUGCUUUGGACAACAUGCAAAAUAUGUUUUGUGUCGUGAUCUGCGUGUGUAACAUAAGUGUGUAUAUCAGUGUGUGUUUUUGUCAAAUGCUGUUACAAGUGUCUGCAGCAUCCUGUUUGUGUACGUGUGUGUGUGUGUGCAGUAUUAAAGCUUUGAUUGUGUUCAUGA